AGUCCCGACGAGUCCGGAUUAACGACUUUUGACUGUAUUUUGAAUCUGAAAAAUAAACAAGGAUGGUAUUAUAAAAUUGAAGUUUCCGGAUAUAGGUUUUUCUGUUUGUAAUACUGAUAAGCAUGGGGCGAAUGUUUGUCGAAGGUUGGGAGAUUGUGCAAGUAUUAGGAGAAGGUGCCUAUGGAGAGGUAAAUCUUAUUGUAAAUACUACUACACAAUCGGCAGUGGCUGCUAAAGUUUUAGAUGCACAAAAAGAACCUGCUGCUAUUGAAGCUAUUAAGAAAGAAGUAUUCAUUCACCGUAGAUUAAAUCAUGAGCGUAUAAUCAAAUAUUAUGGCCAUCGUGUCGAAGGUGACGAACAUUUUAUAUUUAUGGAAUAUGCUUCAGGAGGUGAAUUGUUUGAUAAAGUAGAACCAGAUGUUGGUAUGCCUCAUUCAAAAGCUCAAAAGUAUUUUCUGCAGAUUACGGAAGGCGUUGAGUAUUUACAUUCCUUAGGUAUCACACACAGAGAUCUUAAACCUGAAAAUAUUCUUCUAGAUGAAAAUGAUGAUGUCAAAAUCACAGAUUUUGGUCUGGCAACAAUUUUUCGUCAUAAAGGCAAAGAAAGAGAGUUGAGUAACAGGUGUGGCACUUUACCAUACAUUGCUCCUGAAGUCUUUUUUCGAAAGUACAAAGCAGAGCCCGCAGAUGUGUGGAGUUGUGGGAUCUUACUAGUUGUGAUGCUGGCUGGAGAAUUACCGUGGAAUGAAGCAACUGCAGAAUGCGAUGAAUAUGGUUUUUGGAGACGAUCUGAUUAUUCUCAGUCUCCAUGGAAUAAAAUUGACAAUCUUCCCUUAGCUCUCCUCAGAAAAAUCUUAUGUCCUGUUCCAUCAAAGAGGUACACUAUCCCAGAAAUUCAAAAUCACAUGUGGUGCAAAAAGGUUUUGCCAGAUGAAGGUACUAGCCAGCUGUCUGGUACUACAACAUCCAAGCGUCUAUGUUCAGAAUUGGAUAGUUCUUCAGUACUUAAGGAAGAAUCAGGUUCCAAAUUAUCAUUCUCUCAGCCAGCUCAAGUACUUCGUGACUCGGGAAACAUAGAUGGUUUGUCUGGAAACAUUAGCAGCGUCACAGUUGGUGUGAGCUUUUCUCAACCUGUAGACCCUGAGAAUAUGAUAUUGGCUUCACAAUUUAAGCCUUCUCAGACAGUUUCUAAGACUGCUCUUCCUAUUGGUACUCGUCUCACCAGGUUUUGUAUCAAAAGAGAAACAGAAGCUGUGUGUGAUCUACUUGUGAAAGUCUUUGAAAAGUUUGGUUAUUCUUUCAAGCGUAGUGCUCCAGGACAGCUCACUAUCACCACACAAGACAGAAGAAAGAUGCAGUUAAUUUUCAAGGCAAAUCUGAUUGUGAUUUCUGAUACUGUACUUGUGGACUUCAGAAGAUCAAGGGGGGAUGGUAUCGAGUUUAAGCGCCAUUUUGUGAAGAUAAAGGAUAGUUUAUCAAAAGUGAUCGACAAACAGCCUCUCAUGAAUACUGUUCUGAAUCUGGCUUCCUGAAAUUUUUUCAAAAUAUUUCAUGUAUCAUUGAACUUUUCAUGUCAUUUCAAACAUCAUCUUACCAAAGAAAGUGCAGUACUGUUAUUAUUUUUGUUCUUUUAAUUUUUUUUAAAUGAAUAAAAUAUUUUUUACUUGA